ACCAAUCAUAAAAUGAAAAAAAGUGAUGCUGCAUUUGAUCAGAUCAGUGAUAUCCCAGAACAAGAGUCAAUAUCUGUGUCAACUAACGCCAAAGGGGAAAACGGACUCCAACGAAAGACAUGAAAGAACAGGUCACAGAAUACGGUGUAACACCCCCAAAAUCACACCCAUAUGCCAACUGCCGUAACGUCCUCAGCUAAUCAGGAUACAGCUGGUCGCUGAGGCACGCGCAGUUCAACCCAGGAGCUUCAAGCUAACGUCAACGGAAUCCGAGCCUCCCGAGUGUCCAUCAGGUGAAGGGAACCGCCAAAAAAAGUUCGAUGUGAACGAUGGGAAGAGAGAAGGCUAAAGAAAACGGGAAGGCCAAGCUCAACGCGAAGACGCUGAAAAAGCGCAGAGCCAAAGCAAACCCCGUUUCCAUUGAGAAUGGGACCAGGAACACGUAUUGCCAUGUCAACUAAAGCUACACCGAAACCUGAAAGACGAAAGCCGCAGAAAAAGGUCAAGACACCCAAGACUGAAACCCUGGAGUCAGCCAUCAGUUGCGGUGAGUCGGAACAGAUCGAAGAGGAUGAGGACUUCGUGGUAGAAAAGCAAGGAAUAAAAAGGAAAAGAGUAAAGGAAGAGCCCACAGACGGCCCUUCACACUCCACUGCUUCACCUUCGUCAAAGAAGAAAAGUGCAAAAGAGGAAAAUGAGGAAAAUAAGUUGAAUGGAGGAGAAAAGAAGGAAGAGGAAGAAGAGCUUAUAAUGAAGAGAAAGCGCGCAAGGAUGCCAAAAAAGGCUUCUGAGGAGGCAAGACUGCUGAAGAUCAAAAAGAAGGAAGAGGAGGAGCAGAGUCGAUGGAGAUGGUGGGAGGAGGAGAAGUAUGAAGAUGGGGUGAAAUGGAAGUUUCUGGAACACAAUGGACCCUAUUUCCCUCCCGACUACCGGCCUCUGCCAGACAACGUUCACUUCCUCUAUGAUGGUAAGGAGGUGAAGCUGAGCCUCGCCGCUGAAGAGGUGGCGUUUUUCUUUGGCCAGAUGUUGGACCAUGAGUACACCACCAAGAAGGUGUUCCAGGAUAACUACUUUAAAGAUUGGAGGAGGGAAAUGACCCACGAGGAGAGGUUGCUGAUUACAGAUCUGGACAAAUGUGACUUUAGGGAGAUCCAUGCCAUGCACAAAGCCAAGGUGGAGGCCAGGAAAAACUUCACCAAAGAGGAGAAACUGGCCUUGAAAGAGGCCAACCAGAAGAUUUUGGAUGAAUAUGGCUACUGUCUGCUGGACAACCACAAAGAGCGCAUUGGCAACUUCAAGAUUGAGCCUCCGGGGCUGUUCCGGGGUCGCGGCGAGCAUCCCAAGCAGGGAAUGCUGAAGAAAAGGAUCCAACCAGAGGACGUCAUCAUCAACUGCAGCAGAGAAUCCAGAGUUCCCGUGCCGCCUGCUGGUCACAGCUGGAAGGAGGUUCGCCAUGACAACUCUGUGACAUGGCUGGCAAGCUGGACUGAGAACGUCCAGGGUGCCAUUAAAUACAUCAUGCUGAACGCCAACUCCAAACUCAAGGCAGAGAAGGACUGGGAGAAAUACGAGAUUGCCCGGAAGCUGAAGUUGUGUGUAGAAGACAUCCGUAACCAGUACAACCAGGAUUUCAAAUCGAAAGAGAUGGUCACACGACAAAGAGCCGUGGCCCUCUACUUCAUAGACAAGCUGGCACUGAGAGCUGGUAAUGAGAAGGAUGAGGGAGAGACGGCAGACACAGUCGGUUGCUGCUCGCUACGCAUGGAGCACAUCACCCUUCAUGAGAACCUGGAAGGCAACAAAUAUGUGGUGGAGUUUGACUUCCUGGGUAAAGAUUGCAUCCGUUACUACAACAAGGUUCCGGUCAUCAAGAAGGUUUUUAAGAAUCUUAAUGUGUUCCUGGAGAACAAAAAUCCCAAAGAUGACCUCUUUGACCUCCUCAAUACUGGCAUGCUGAACAAGCACCUGAGCUCUCUAAUGACCGGUCUGACCGCCAAGGUCUUCAGGACGUACAACGCUUCCAUCACCCUACAGCAGCAGCUCAAAGAGCUGACAAACAAGUCAGCCAACGAGUUUGAGAAGCUGCUGUCCUACAACAGGGCGAACAGAGCAGUUGCCAUUCUAUGUAACCACCAGCGGGCGCCGCCAAAGACCUUCGACCAGUCUAUGGCUAACCUUCAGGCCAAGAUUGAUGGUGCAAAGGAAAAUCUGGCCCUCGCAAAGACGACGCUCAAACAGGCCAAGAAGGAGGCGAAGACCAAAGGGAUCUCCAACGCCAAGCUGCAGAUUCUGGUGGAGAGCAAGAAGGCAGCGGUGAAGCGCUCAGAGGAGAAGCUGCUGAAGCUGGAGCUCCAGGCGAUGGACAAAGAGGAAAACAAACAGAUUGCACUUGGAACCUCAAAGCUCAACUACCUGGACCCGCGCAUAAGCGUGGCCUGGUGCAAGAACAUGGGGGUAAAAAUAGAAAAAAUCUACAAUAAGAGCCAAAGGGACAAAUUUGCCUGGGCCAUCAACAUGACGGAGGAUGACUUUGAGUUCUAACUGAACUGACGCUGAAAAGCAAUUAAGGAACCAUUCAUGUUCACCACUGAUUUUGUACUUCUUGACAUUCUUUGCUUACUGCUGUUAAAUUGUGUUUAGGGCUUUUGGCACUCAAUUUUGCUGGUCAUUUGCUUUGUUUGUCAAUUUUGUUUUGCAAUAAUUUGAAUAAAGGUUCAUAC